GACUGGUGCAAGACCCCCAGCGGGCACAUCAAGCGCCCCAUGAACGCCUUCAUGGUGUGGUCCCAGAACGAACGGCGGAAGAUCAUGGACCAGUGGCCCGACAUGCACAACGCCGAGAUCUCCAAGCGGCUGGGACGGCGCUGGCAGUUGCUACAGGAUUCGGAGAAAAUCCCUUUCGUCAAAGAGGCCGAACGGCUACGUCUCAAACAUAUGGCCGACUAUCCCGACUACAAGUACCGUCCCAGGAAGAAAGGCAAGUUGGGCAGCGCCAAAGCCCGGCCCAGGGUGCCCGUCAAGAUUAAGCCCUCGGUCCUUGGACGGGCAGCUUCGCCCCGGAGGCAGACGCCGAAGCCGGACCCCGAAGGACAGGGGGGAUGCGCCUCUCCAAAGCCGGACGACGACCCGUUGGAAGCCCGCAUCCUGGAGGUAUCGUUUGACGAGGCUCCCAAAACCUCCAGCAAGGAAUUCUGGCACGUGCUUCCCGCAGGUGGCGAGAAAGGAGAGUGGGAGGCCAACUCUGGCCAGGCCAAAGAUGCCGACGGCGGCGAGCUCGCCAAGCCCUGGUCCUCCGACGUGUCUUCUCCCGCUUCGACGAGGUCUUCUACUUCUUCUUCUCCUCCUUCUUCCUUCGCCUCCUCGGACGACGAGCCGGAGGAAGAUCUUUGGAACGUUGUGCCCAGCCGAAUCCAGCCAAACACGCCCCCUUGCCGGAGCCCGGAUUGGUCGGUCUUCGAUAAAGACCUGGAUCUUUUCCCUUUGGGCGCCUCGUCUCAUUUUGAGUUCCCCGAUUACUGCACCCCGGAAGUGACUGAGAUGAUCGCAGGGGACUGGCUGAUGUCCAGCAUUUCGGACUUGGUCUUUACGUACUGA